AUGACUUGUCUCAAAUUUGGUACACUUGAAUCCCCCAAGGAAGGGACCUUCCAACGGAGCUCUUCGCUCCAAAUCUUCCGCUCUAACAAUUCCAUCUCCGACGUCGUGAAUCUAGCUUCUACCAAUCGUCGACUCCGUCAGGUUUUUGCUUCAUCUUCCAGGGUCACCAUUCUCAUGAACGUCGCAGAUGCGGAGUUCGGCCCAAUACACGAUAUUAUCCAGCUUAUAACUCAAAACGCUAGUCAACCGGCGCAUCUUAUUCGAUCUGCCUCGCAAUCGGAUGCGUUGCUGAAACAGGUUGUUCGGAUUGGCCGCGUAGCGCAGAAAUGGGAAGUUAUAUAUCCGUUGAAGAAAUGGAAAUCCGACUAUGAAAAUCGUCGUCUUUUGACGGAUGAGGAACGUUUUCGUUUACGGCGUGCGAUUUAUCGGCUGUGGCUGUAUAAUCGUGCUUUUCAUACAAGUCAGUAUGACCGUUUCUCGCGAAGAUUGCGACCCGUUGUGGUUGAACGAUCGCAAUUGUUGCAUAACUGGUCGACGUCAGAAUUGGCGGAAAUCGAAGAUGUGCGCAUGGUGAUUCAGGAUGUGGUGCAGAAUCAUAUCUGUCCCAGCAACGGCAGUAUUCAGCGCAAGUUCCAUAAACGUUAUCCGGAGAACCCAAACCCGUUAUCUUUCAAUAUUCAUCUGAACUAUCGCCCAGAGCGAUCAAACUUGUCCACGGGAUCUUACUUUGGUCUUCUUGAGAACAGUAGUGCUAUUUCAAACUAUGACUCAUUGUUCCACAAUCACUAUCACAGCAGUAAUGCUUCCUCGUCAUUAUCACCAUGGUCAAAACCAUCUUCGUCAUCCACAUUUGCUGCCAAGCUUCGUACUGAUCUCUUUCAUGACCCCGGUCAGGAAGGCUGGGGCGACGAAAUCCCGCAUUAUUAUGUGGUGCAGGAUAUGCUCAAGCUUGAUCCGGGAGAAGUACUUUGGCUACGAGAUCAUGCACCUUUGAAGGAGGAUGUGGAGUCUUAUGUGCAUUCAUUGGGUGAUUGGUUUAGAAAUAAUGGAGAAACUUUUGUUGAUACCUUGCUGUGGGUUAUGAAUGAGCGUGGAGAGGAUGUAGAGGGAUUGAAGAUUGCUGUCGAGGAUUGUGAGAUGGGUAUUGUGGCAUAG